AACCACCUGAACCUCCCUAAAUUUCCACACGAGAAAGAGGAUGCAAAGACACAAUUACAAGCAGAGCAGGCCAAGAACCGGAGGACCAAAUUAAAAGAAUAUCUAUACCACUGCCACUUCAACAUCUACAAGAAAUUCAAGCUCGCAUCAACGGGGUUUACGAAAGUCGAUGGUAUCGCGUAAAACGUAAACGCCCACAUUUACGCUGUGCGCCAGCGGCAAGAUUCUUUUAAGAGAAUCAGGACUAUCUGUAGGGAGAGGCAGCCCUUCUAUCAGGAGAGUACGACCAGAGAUCUAGGAACGACUAUCCACCGCCAACGUGCAGGCAACGAGGGUACCGUCGAGCUCUUUAAGACGAUUGUCGUGGAAAACCCCGUCUUCGAGAUUCUGGGUCGCGUAUGGGACGAGGGAGAAGCUUCGUAAGGAAUAUGAGUAUAUGGGGCUACGAUUUAGCAAAAACACCCGGGAUUUCACCCAACUAAGCGAUAGUAAUCUGGUUAGGGAGGAGGACCCGAGCGACGAAAUACAAAAGCGACGACGGCGGACCGGAUCGAACAAACGAGUAGCACUCGAGCAAAAAGUUAAGCCUUCGCUAGCGAAACCCGACGGAGCGAGUAUCUAUACGCGCCUAGGCGGAGAGGAGAUCCUAUCGUUUAUCUAGGACUACAAGGCGGCCCACAAAGUUGCGUUAAAGUAUCUGAAGCCGGCCGUUGCGAAGGAGAAGCUAUUCGUAGAGGUCAUCGAGCAGAUCAACAGCAACAGCUCUCGGGGCGAUACCGAGCUAAAAAAAAAAAAAAAAAAAAACCAGGACGAGGUCGAAGCACUGAUUGCCAUAGCACUAACACAGGUCCUCGGCUACAUGGUACGAUAUCAAGUUGCAUAUGGCUAUGUUACUGCCGGCCAGUCUUUGAUAUUCCUCCAUAUCGACCGAGACGAGCCGCAAACGCUAUAUUAUCAUGCGUGCGUCCCGGACGAGGACGUAGGCGAAGCGUUAGACGAGGAUUGAGCCGGCGACAUGAUCUCCUAUACCGCAGCGGCCCAGCUAGCUAGCUUUUGCCUGUUAAAUGUCUGAUCUAAGGCUCUUAGCGCAGCUUCACUCGACGCAGCGUCCCAGAGAGCCGAGACAACACUGAGAAAAUAGAGGGAGCCGCACGACAAUGCGGCGCCUCUUUUAGGUAGAGAGGAUACAGACUCACCCUCGGGAUCGUUAUUAUAGGGAAGUGAGCGGCAGUGUAACAACUGUAUCUAGUAAUCGGCCAGCUGUAGGUACAUAACAGCUAGGAGGAACAAGAACUGCAUGUAUAUCCUGUAUAUACGUAUGUAUUAAUGUAGAAAGAAAGGUAAAAAUAUUAUGUAUACGCG